AUAACGACAAAACGGCCUGCUUAGUAAAAGCCAUCCUCCCUUUGCCUUUUUCAUUCAUCAGUUUCCUCUUCCUCUUCUUCUUCUUCCGGCGAUCGACGAGACGUUCCUCCAUGCGCAUUUGAUGCGCGAACCCUUCACCGGCAGCUCGUCUCGCCGCCCCUUCCAAUGGCGGGCCGCUACAAGUUCGCUUCCUCCUCCUCCUCCUCCUCGUUGUGGUCAUCUUCCCCGUCUCACGCCACCUUCACCUCCCGACUCCUCCUGCUCCUCACCCUCCUCCCGUUUACCCUCGCCUGCUUCGCGUUCGUUCUCCAGUGGCGCGGUGGCAUCCCCGACCCCAUCAACCGGUGGUCCCCCGACCCCCUGGUGUUUCCCGGCAUGGGCUCAUCCCGCAGCACUAGCAGUGUCGUUGACGACCCCGUCCGCACCUCCAGAUCCGACUGCGUCGACGUUCUCGGGCAGAGUCGCUCCGCCUCCUUCCCGUAUCACCGGGACUGGAAGUUUGACUACGGCUCGGAUCUGCGGCCUAAGAUAUGCAUUACAUCGAGCACUUCUGCAGGCUUAGAGCAGAUAUUGCCGUGGAUUUUCUACCAUAAGGUUAUUGGAGCUUCAACCUUCCUUCUUUUCGUGGAAGGGAAGGCUGCAUCACCCGAUGUAUCCAAAGUGCUGGAAUCUAUACCAGGGGUCACAGUGAUAUAUAGGACCAAAGAGUUGGAGGAACAGCAAGCUAGAAGUCGUAUUUGGAAUGAGACUUGGUUGGCUAGCUUCUUCUACAAGCCAUGCAACUAUGAGUUAUUUGUGAAGCAAUCCUUGAAUAUGGAAAUGGCUAUUGUCAUGGCAAGGGAUGCUGGUGCGGAUUGGAUUGUCCACCUUGACACUGAUGAACUCAUUCAUCCGGCAGGGACUCAUGAAUAUUCUUUGAGACUGUUGCUGUCACAAGUACCUGGCGAUGUUGAUAUGGUUGUUUUUCCAAAUUAUGAAAGUAGUGUGGAACGAGACGACGUAAAGGAGCCCUUCAGUGAGGUCUCCAUGUUUAAAAAGAACUAUGACCAUCUACCAAAAGAAGUGUAUUUUGGCAAUUACAAAGAGUCAACUCGGGGUAAUCCUAACUAUUUUCUGACUUAUGGAAACGGGAAGUCUGCGGCGCGUAUUCAAGAUCAUCUUCGUCCCAAUGGUGCUCACAGAUGGCACAACUACAUGAAAACUCCAAAUGAGGUUAAAUUCGAGGAGGCUGCUAUUCUGCAUUACACAUACACGAAAUUUUCUGAUUUGACUUCGAGACGUGAUCGGUGUGGCUGCAAACCUACAAAGGAUGAUGUUAAAAGAUGCUUUAUGUUGGAAUUUGACAGAGCCGCUUUCAUCAUUGCAUCAACAGCAACUGAGGAGGAAAUGCUCCGCUGGUACCGAGAAAGAGUCGUAUGGACUGACAAAACACUGAACUUGAAACUUUUGAAGAAGGGCAUAUUGACUCGUAUAUAUGCUCCGAUGGUUAUUGUGCAAGGACUGAGGGAGUCUGGCGUUUUUAGCUCUGUGAUAGCUUCAGCACAGACGACUCUCUCCAAGGAAAAGUUCCUGGAAUCUGUCAAGCCUAGCAACUCCUCUACGAUGGCUGAUUCCGGAGAAAUCCAUUCGAGAAAGAUUGGCAAGAAGAAAGAAUCUCAAGCAACUGCUAGAAGGAUCCUUAACUACAUGAACAAUUCUUCUCAUCCUUCAGCAAUCCCACCAUUAUCCCCUCCUGACUUACAUAACUUCGACCGAGAAUAAGGCAAUGAAAGAUUGAUUACUUUCUCACCAAUCCAUUUGCCUCCAUUGCUCAGAGCUUGCGGGCUUGCAUGUUCUUCCCGAUCCUUUACCCAAGCGUAGGUGUACAUUUUAGGCAUUAUAGCUGAUUCUUCUUAGGGAGGCAGAACGAUUUUAUACAAGGGGCACAUUUUUACUUAGUUUGGUCCCUUUCUUUCAACUCAGAAUGCAUAAGGUGCUUGCCUGAUACAGUUUACAGA